UAAUUAAGACCACAAAGGCAGGUUUACUAUUUGUGAAUUUGCAUUUGUGAAUGUAAAAUUUGCUCAAGAAAAUAAUCAAAUUGAUUAAAAACACAUUAUUUUCUUUUGUGGGGUCCGAGUUAAAAUACCCCAAAAUAAUAAUUUUCAUUUGUAUAGAAAAUUCAGGUAGAUACUUCAUUUUAAUAAAAAAAAUCUAUAUUAUUCCAAAACUCUUGAUUGGAUUGACAUGACCAAAAGUACCUCCGUUUCAUCAGCAUUCACACAAAAAGGAACAGCACUACUCAGUGUCAACUCUAAACUUUCGUAUAAAUACAUUAAUCUGAUCUUUUUUUUAAACUGUAAGUUAUUACAGCAUAAUACAUGCUUUAAAUGUUUUAUGUGUCGUCAGUUUCGCUUUCUUUACGUCAUUCCCUCCUCCCACUGGCAUAUGGAGAUGGAAUUCGUGUUUAGAGCAGUUGACACUUCCGAAAACAAAUGAUCCAGAAAGCCAGUUGGCUUAGAAAUUUAGACGUUGAUGGUUUAGCAAAUGCAUGUUUCAUAUGUGCGCUCUUAUCUAUACUUUAGCUUUAACAGGGAUUUCGUGUAAACAAUGAAGCACAGCGGCAGCGUGAUGGAUAAUGGAUUAUGCAUGCCAGCAAAAGUCCAAGAAGAUCAUUUAGGCACAAUCAGAGAUGUAUUUGCUGGUGAAAGCCCCGAGACAAUACCCCAUCGGCUUAUUUCUCUUUUGGAGGUGUUUGACCGUUUUAAGAUAGAUAUUGCUGUGACUGGAGACUCUGGUGCAGGAAAGUCUUCUUUAAUCAAUGCGAUUCUUGGACUGAAACCUGAUGACAAAGGAGCUGCUCAAACUGGAGCUAUAGAAACCACAAAACAAGCAACUAUGUAUCAGCAAUCAAAUCUGCCCCACAUCAGGUUGUGGGAUCUUCCAGGAAUGGGAACCCCUUCCUUUGCGUCCAAGAGUUAUGUAAAGAUGAUGAACUUUGACCUUUACGACAUGUUUAUGGUCGUGAUCUCAGAGAGGGUUCGAGAAAACAACAUGCUCUUGGUUGAUGAAAUUGAUAAACGUAAGAAGCCAUUUUAUUUUAUUAGAACCAAAAUCGAUAACGAUGUGAAGUCCCAGCGAAGGAAAAGCAAAUUUUCUGAAACACAAGCGUUGGAACAAAUGAGACAAGACUGUGAGAAAUAUCUGAAGGAGAAGAAACUGGACCCUCAUAUAUUUUUAGUUUCAACCCAUGACACACAUAAUUAUGAGUUUCAGAAGUUCAUCAGCACCUUUAAAGAUGAGGUUUUCAAAAUUAGAGCUGAAGAAUUUUCAGGUUUUCUGGACAAGAUGCUUCAUGGUGGAUGGCUAAAAGCAAGAUAUGCUACACAGCACGUCCAGCAGACUGAGAAACUUGAAACGGAAGACAUCACAAAAUUGCAGAAUAUGUACAAGAGCACAGGCUUUGGAGCUGCAAAAGUCAGUGCUGUGCUGGAGGCUUUGAGUCACUUUCAGCUUGAUGUUGCAGUUUUGGGUGAGACGGGAUCUGGAGUGUCCACUUUGGUAAAUGCAUUAGUUGGUCUGGAGAAUGAAGAGAGCAGUGGAGCAGGAGCAUCCAUCAGCAACCCAGCACUGAGUCCUGUAUAUCCAGAUGUCCGGUUUUGGGAUAUUUCUGGCAUAGAGGCUGUCAUGGAUUACUCAGUGUUUGAGAUGAAACAAGCCAUGAAAUGUUACGACUUUUAUAUCAUCAUUGUUUCAGACUGGGAGAAAGUACGACAUGUAAAACUCGCCAAGGAAGUUGAAAAAUUAAGGAAGCAUUACCUCUUGGUCCAGACUAAAGUCGACUCUUGUUUACAGACUCAGGGAGAUUUAUGCUGUGAAGAGACUGAGAUACUGGAUGGUCUUCGGGCACAAUUUACACAAGAGCUUCAGAGGGAAAAACUGUCAGAACAGCAGAUGUUUCUCAUCAACAGCCAGGACAGAAGUGCAUUUGAUUUUGUAAGUUUGGAGAGUGCACUGUCCAGUGACCUCAACACUAUCAGGACAAGUGCUUUUGCAUAUUAUAUCGCAAGAACAGUAAAGGAAAAUUUGUAAAAAAUAUCACAGAAAUAUGUAAGAUAGUUAAACAUUAAGAAUGAAUGUUUUUGAAUGAGGAACUGUAUCUUACACUCACCAAGGCUACACUAGUUAAAAAAAAAUUAUAUUAAUAAUAUAGUAAAAUGUUAUUUAAAUUUAAAAUAAUGUUUUCUUUUUAAAUGUAUUUAGAAAAAUGGUCUUUGUUCUUGAUAAUUGUUCAUAUUAUCAUGGUUGAAAAUAUUUUUUUCUGCUUCAUAUUAAUGUGUAAACAAGAUUAUUUGAUGAGCAGCAAGUAAAAAAAAUUAUUUAUAAUAGAAUUAUUUUUAACAUUACAAAUCUCUACCAUCUCUUUUCAGUAAUUUCAUCUUUUUUGAUUAAUAAAAUAAUCCAAAAGAACAAAUCUAGAAAGAUAUAAAAACAUAGAAAUACUCAUUUAUUCAUUCGUUUUCCCUUCGACUUAGUCCCUUUAUUAAUCAGGGGUGGCCACAUGGUAAUGAACAGCCAACUUACUCAGCAUAUGUUUUA